ACCUCAUUUUCUCUUUUGACGUAGAGGAGAGGACAUUAUUUUCAGCUGGUGGAAGGUGAUAGGUGGGGACGUAGAGAGCGUCGGGCAGUCUCGCCCUUCCACGAUUAGUGCUUGUGGUGCCUCUCAGCUGCUCACCUGUCACCUCCCUCCCAGUACUAAUAUCUUAAUUCAAGACCAAUAACGUAUUUUGUGGCUGCCCUUUUGAAUUUCUCCUUUCUGAGAAUAAAAAAAAAAUAAAAAAAAGAUUGGAUUAACAUAUUGCACGUCCAUGAACAGAACCAACAAGUGCACUGGGGGAGAGAGGAAGUGAUCUAGCAAGUAACAAUCAUUGAUAUACCAUGAAUUAAAACAACUAAUUUUUAUAGGUAAGUUUCCCUCUGUUGGUGAGUGUUUUGUGCCACUUCCUCGCAUUGCCGUAAACAUCGUGAAGCACCCUCCUCGUGCACGCCAGACGUCACAUGGCGCGGGGUAGUCGAGCACAUUGCUUGGAAUCAGAGUGAAACUAAGAAGUUCUUUGUAAAAUCUGAACUACAACAGAAAUUAAAGGAAAAAAAAAAAAUAAGAAAACUAGUGAAGGAAGACCUACAAGAAGCUUCUGUUCUGAAGCUUGUCGGGAAAACAGUCUUGUAAAAAUGACGACGGGAAUUGUGCUCGGAGCAGACAUGGAGAAGAGUGCCAUGCAAACCUCCGCCCUAUCACCAUCCCACAAACCAAACAACACAAGUAAUACUGGGAUGCCUUGGUGGGAUGCACGAAAAACUCUUGUGCUGCUUAGUUUUUUGGGACUAACGGUGGCCUACAUGGUCCGGGUGUGUCUGUCCAUAACCAUCGUGGCCAUCGUGAAGAGGAAUGUGACAAUCGACAUAAGUGACAACGACACGUGUCCUGUCCCGGACGACGCCAUCAAGGACACUGAAGCGGGAGGAGAUUAUGAGUGGGACGGACAAACUCAGACCAUCCUUCUGGGUGCAUUCUUCUACGGGUACACGGUGUCAAACUUCCCCGGGGGUCGAGUGGCGGAGUACUUUGGGCCCAGACUCACGGUGGGCCUAGGAAUUUUGCUUCCCUCUGUCCUGACACUCCUGUCGCCUUUGUGCAUUUACACGUCCCCUGUUCUGUUUAUUGUUCUCAGAGUGCUGGAAGGACUGACUCAGGGAGUGACUUUUCCUGCAAUGCAUUUCAUGAUGUCAGCAUGGAUUCCUCCUAAAGACAAAGCGAAGUAUUGGAGUCUACAAGGAUCAGGUAUGCAAAUUGGCACGGUGGUGGCGAUGUCUGUGGGUGGGUGGCUGUGCAGCACAACCUUCCUGGGUGGGUGGCCGUCAGUUUUCUACGUGUUUGGAGGUUUGGGUGUGAUUUGGGCAAUCCCUUGGUUCCUUCUGAUACACGACCUUCCUGAACACCAUCCCAGGAUUUCUGAUGCUGAGUUGCAGUAUAUCCUUGAGCAUCGUCGUUACGUCAAGAGAGAGAAGGUGGUGGCCAUUCCUUGGAGACACAUAGCAACAUCACAACCAUUUUGGGCCAUAAUGGCAUCCAGUUUUUGCUACAACUUCAGCUUCUAUACUCUAUUAACAGAACUACCAACAUAUUUCAAUAAAAUUCUGCAUUUUGAUAUGAGCACGAAUGGCUUAAGUUCGGCUUUGCCGUACAUCGUGCAGUGCCUUGCAGCCGUCUCCUGGGGCAUGUUUGUUGAUAUACUUCAAAAAAGAAAUGUUCUGUCGGUGAAAACUGUGAGGAAACUGUCAACGUCUCUAGCCUUGUAUUCGUCGGCGGCCUGCUUGAUAGGGAUGAUGUGGGUAAACUGUGAUCCCACCGUAGCCAUGGUUGUCAUGUGCCUGGCAGUUGGUCUUAUAGGACCAAUUGGUAGUGGUUCCCCUCUAUCAGAGCAAGAUAUUGCCCCAAACUUAGCUGGCACCCUCAAAGGUCUCACCAACACCCUGGGCUCUGCAACGGGCUUCGUGGCACCAGCUGUCACUGGUGCCAUCACCAGCGGCAACCAAACAGUGUCAGCGUGGAAUACAGUCUUUGUCAUAUCUGCUGUCUUCAACUUGAUAUUCGGCACCAUAUAUGUAAUUUUUGGGACAGACAAAGUUCAACCGUGGAAUGAUUCUAAACCUAAGAAAGUGAGAUUUCCUGUCUGUUAUGUUGGUGUUGUAGUAGACGGUCACUGCUCUUCUCUGUUAGCGUCAUUCCAAAGACAUGAAGUAGAUGGUGCCUCCAAACAGGCACAGGAGGGACACCACAUGGAACACUUUUAUUCAGCUGUUCAGCUGAAGAAUAAUAUAUUUUGCUAUGUAAGAAGCAGAUUUGAUUGUAUGCAUAGUACAAACCAACCACAUUCUUCCAUGACAUUUUCUAACCUACUCAUUUGUUGUACUCUUUCAAUUCACCAGAUGCCAACAUUACAAACGUUAUAAAAAUGUGAGGGAAGAAUUACAUGGAAGUUUACAUGAAUCAGGUCUUUGGCUGUAUGGGAAACAAAUGUUGCGUCACUUCCGCAAUAAUUGUCACCUGCGUGACAUUUUUCAUUACAUAUUUAUAAACAGUAAAGUCUUGUGUCAAUCACACCUUGUCAAUGAAACAGAUGUUGUCUGUAUGUCACUCGUUAUUUUACAUUUUUAAAGUCGUAAUAUUCUCAUUUAGUAAUCACUUCAACCUAAAAGUCUUCUGAAUACGAUAAUGUAACCAAAUAAAAAAUAAAAGUACAAUGUUAGCAAAA